AUGCUUAAUCAUGGAGCUCUGCAUUAUUAGUGUUCUUACAAAACACGUUUCCUCUCUGCUAUUAUUGCAUAACAGCAACUGCAGUGCAGAAAACUAACAGUCCAUUGCGAACCCCACAACAACAUUUGAUGCUAAAUGAGCAAGAAAGAAGAAAAUUGAACCGAUUGGGUUCUGGUUUAAAGAACUGAGUACGCCGGCAAAAGGGUGAUUUGUGAGCUUUUGUGGUUGAUUGCUGCUGAAACUGCAUAGGUGAAAGAAUGGAAGAAGAAGAAGAUGGGAUUGAAGAUAGCAGGGCUAGAUUAUUAGGUAGCGGCGGCGGUGGGGAGUCCAGGUGGGUCGAUGGGAGUGAGGUGGACUCGGAGUCUCCACCAUGGUCAGUUCUCGGGGAAGACGAGAUCAGAGAGGGUUAUGGUUCUAUGAGGAGGAGGCUUGUGAAGAAACCCAAGAGGGUCGAUUCCUUCGAUGUCGAGGCUAUGGUGAUCAUGGGCAGUUCUAGCGCCCACCAUUCCAAAGAUGCUUCUUUCUUGCGCACUCUUGCAUUGGCAUUCCAAACGCUCGGCGUGGUGUAUGGUGAUAUGGGCACAAGCCCUUUAUAUGUCUUUGCUGAUGUGUUCAGCAAGGUGCCCAUCAAGUCAGAUGUUGAUGUCUUGGGGGCUUUGUCACUAGUAAUGUACACAAUUGCUCUUCUUCCUUUAGCAAAAUACAUUUUUAUAGUGCUUAAAGCAAAUGAUAAUGGGGAAGGAGGAACAUUUGCACUUUAUUCGCUAAUUUGCAGGUAUGCUAAAGUUAAUCUGCUCCCAAAUCGUCAACCAGCUGAUGAACAGAUUUCCAGUUUUAGGCUUAAACUACCCACUCCGGAGUUGAAGAGGGCUUUAAGUAUAAAAGACUCCUUGGAGAAGAGAUCCUCUCUGAAAACCCUUCUCUUGCUGUUGGUUCUGAUGGGAACAUCCAUGAUAAUUGGGGAUGGUAUUCUAACCCCAGCUAUGUCAGUCAUGUCUGCUGUGAGCGGUUUGCAGGGUGAAAUACAAGGAUUUUUUGCCAAUGCUGUUGUUAUUAUCUCAAUCAUAAUCCUUGUGGGGUUGUUCAGCAUACAAAGGUUUGGGACUAGUAAAGUGGGUUUCACUUUUGCUCCUGCACUCGCUUUAUGGUUCUUUUGCCUGGGAUCUAUUGGCAUUUACAAUCUCUUUAAGCAUGAUAUUACUGUCCUACGGGCGUUCAAUCCAGCUUACAUCUACUUUUUCUUCAAGAAGAACAGCAGAAAGGCAUGGUCAGCUCUUGGUGGUUGUGUUUUAUGCAUUACAGGAGCUGAAGCAAUGUUUGCUGAUCUGGGCCAUUUCUCUGUACCGUCUAUACAGAUUGCCUUCAGUUUUGUGGUGUUCCCCUGCCUUCUUUUGGCUUACAUGGGGCAAGCUGCAUAUCUAAUGAAAUUUCCUGAAUCAGCAGAAAGGAUAUUCUAUGAUUCUGUUCCAGAUGGGCUUUUCUGGCCAGUCUUUGUCAUAGCUACAGUUGCUGCCAUGAUUGCCAGUCAGGCCAUGAUAUCUGCUACAUUUUCAUGCAUUAAACAAUCGAUGGCCCUUGGAUGCUUCCCAAGGCUGAAGAUUGUUCACACCUCGAGGAGACUGAUGGGUCAGAUUUACAUUCCUGUCAUCAAUUGGUUUCUGUUGAUUAUGUGCAUACUAGUAGUUGCCACAUUCAGGAGUACCUCAGAAAUAGCCAAUGCAUAUGGCAUAGCUGAAGUUAUUGUCAUGAUGGUGAGCACUACCUUGGUGACACUUGUAAUGCUUCUAAUCUGGCAGACCAAUUUGUUUUUGGCUCUGUGUUUCCCACUUGUGUUUGGUACGGUAGAGCUCAUAUACUUGUCUGCAGUCCUAACUAAAGUCAAAGAGGGUGGUUGGCUUCCACUUGCCUUUGCUACUUGCUUCCUCUGUGUCAUGUAUACUUGGAACUACGGGAGUGUGUUGAAGUAUCAGAAUGAGGUCAGCGAGAAGAUUUCCAUGGACUUCAUGCUUGAACUUGGCUCCACCCUCGGGACUGUAAGAGUCCCAGGAAUUGGCUUAUUAUACAAUGAGCUGGUCCAAGGCAUUCCUUCCAUCUUUGGGCAGUUCCUGCUGAGCCUCCCGGCAAUCCAUUCUACCAUAGUGUUUGUUUGCAUUAAGUAUGUCCCAGUGCCGGUUGUUCCUCAAGAGGAAAGGUUUCUCUUUCGGAGAGUUUGCCCGAAGGAUUACCACAUGUUCCGAUGUGUUGCUCGAUAUGGUUACAAAGAUGUGCGGAAGGAGGAUCACCAUGCGUUUGAGCAGCUUUUGGUUGAAAGCCUGGAGAAGUUUUUGAGAAGGGAGGCUCAAGAUCUUGCUUUAGAGAGUAGUCUAAACGAGCUGGAGCUUGAUGGUGUUUCAGUGACGUUUAGGGAUCCUGCUGCCCCGGGUGAGGAUGGGAAUUCUGAGCUCAGGAUUCCGUUGAUGUGUGAUGAGAGAUUGGAAGAAGCAGGAGCUUCCACUUCAGAUGUCGUCACAGUGUUGCCAUCAAGUGUCAUGUCAUCAGAUGAAGAUCCCAGCUUCGAAUACGAGCUUUCAGAUCUCCGGGAAGCCAUGGAUUCAGGAUUUACUUAUUUGCUUGCUCAUGGGGACGUGAGGGCAAAGAAAAACUCUUGGUUCUUCAAGAAACUGGUUAUAAAUUACUUCUAUGCAUUUCUGAGAAGGAAUUGCAGGGCAGGUACUGCAAAUAUGAGUGUUCCUCACAUGAAUAUCAUGCAAGUUGGUAUGACCUACAUGGUUUGAUUUAUUUGCCAUGUGUUAGAAUCCGGUAAUUCAUUGAAUAUGGUAAUUCAUUGUAUUGGCUGACUGAUUCUUGUAGUAGUGAAACCUUCAUCGGUUGUUGUUUAAUAGAAAAUUUUAGAAUGUUAGAAUAGAGCAUUUAAGACGUUGUAACCAAUGCUUGGAAAAACCUUAACUUCUCAAGUUUAGACCCGCUCUAUUAAUCCUAUGUGCCCUGUUUUUACAAUA